AUGGCAGAAAGCAGUGGCUCAAAUCUGGUAUCGUACAAUCUCACAGAAGGACAAUCAAGCAACAGACCGCCUCUUUUCAAUGGGAAAAACUAUACUUAUUGGAAGGAGAGAAUGAAGAUCUUUGUGCAAGCAGUAGACUAUAGGCUUUGGAAGAUCAUCCUAGAAGGACCACAGUUUCCUACUAACACUACUGUUGAAGGAGUAGUCACUCUUAAACCAGAAGCAAGCUGGACAGAGGAAGAUAGGAAGAAAGUGGAGCUAAAUGCCAAGGCCAUAAAUCUACUCAACUGUGCUAUCAGCUUCGAGGAGUACCGACGGGUAUCACGAUGCACAACGGUAAAGGAAAUCUGGGAUAAAUUACAAAUCACUUAUGAAGGAACCACCAUUGUAAAGAAGACUCGGAUAGACAUGUUAAACAUGGAGUAUGAAAUGUUUACAAUGAAGGAAGGAGAAUUCAUUGAUGAACUGUUCGAACGGUUCAACACCAUCACUGUUGGCUUAGAUGCUAUAGGAGUAACACAUUCUGAUUCUGUGCUUGUGAGAAGAGUGCUAAGAUGUCUCACUAAAGAGUGGGAAACAAAAGCUUUAAUUAUUUCUGAGAGCAGUAAUCUUGAUUCCAUGACACUUGAUGAUUUGAGAGGAAACCUUCUUUCUUUUGAAAACACUUAUUUAAAAAAGGAGAAAAUGGUGAAGUUCAAAGGCAAAGGCGGCAGCUCAAGGAAAAUGAAGAAAGACCUUAGCAAAGUGACUUGUUUCAACUGCAAGGAAAUUGGGCAUUACAAAUCUGAUUGUCCCAAGUUGAAGAAAGAGGAGAAGAAAAAAGGAGGGAAGAAGAAAGGUCUAAUGGCAUCAUGGGAAGAUUUAGAAAAUGACUCAGACAGUGAUGAAGAAUCUGAGACCAAGUCACAGACUUGUCUCAUGGAAAAUCAUGUAGAUCAGGUAUUUUUUCAAAACCCUGACACUGAAGACCUUCAUCUUAUGAUAGAUCACCUUUUUGAAAAAAUAAUAUGUUUUCUGACUGAUAAUCAAGAUCUUGAACAACAAAUUUUCAUUCUUAAAGCUGAAAAUAAUUUUCUCAAAGAAAAGCUAAGGGAGGCCGAAACUGCUUGUGAUCUUGUGGAAGAAAAUAAGCAGUUGAAAGCUCAACUUAGAAGUUGUGAAAGUGAUCACUCGGUAGUUGCAUAUGUAAACUGUUUUAAGGAAAAUGAAGAGUUGCUGAAAAAGGUUAAAAGUCUUGAAAAUGACUUAGCCAAAUUUACUCAAAGUUCUGAAAAUCUAAAUCAAAUUUUGGCUAGUCAAAAAUCACUCUUUGAUAAAGCUGGUUUGGGAUUUUAUAAAUCUGAUAAGAAACCUUCUUUUAAAGAUAAAGCUUCUUCAUCCAAUGACACAAGUACUGUGAUAGAGAGUGAUUCAGAUUGUGAAGGAGCUGGAACAAGCAAAAAAAAUCCCAAGUCUGCCCAAAUUGAAGAAUCUGCCAGUCCAGAAUUGUCUCGUCAGAUUGGAGGAGACAUUUCCAUUUUGUCUCUGAGCCAGCACAAGAAACUGAAACAGUGA